AGCCGAGGGGUGCGUUGACGUUUCCCCGGCACGGCUCCUCGCCAGCCCCAGGUACCCCAGCGGGCGGCCGGGUGGCCAGCCUGGGUAACGAAGAGGUCACUCUUGCCUGGGCGGUGUGAUCCUGUGGGCGGACCCGAGGUCGAGCCUGCUCAGUGGAGCUUUUAAGAAUGUCCAGCAAAGAAUCUUGUGGAAAAAAUGAGAAGCCUCGGGGAAAAGGCACUACCUUGUCACCUAACUUUGAUGAAGAAGAUAAGAAAGAGAAAAAAGCUUCAGGUUCUACUAGUUCAGCUUACUCUAUAAGAUCAGUUUCUUCAGAGAAGAGAAAACCGAAAUCAGAUCAUACAGAUACUCUGUACUGUAAUACAAAAGGAAAACCAGAACUCAAAAGAUUCAGUAUAGCAACUGAGAUUUCAAGAAAAAGACCAAAAACCAGUUCUUCAUCUCACGGACCUAUUGAACUCCAAGAAACAUCAUUUUCAAGUGAUAAUGAAAUUAUUUCACAGAGUCCUUCCUCAAAUGGAACUAAAACAAAUAUAACUAAAUGUGCAGAUUUUAAAACCAAAGGUAUUAAAUUGACAAAUAUUCGGAGUAAACUUGACCAUGAACUUAAAAACCUUAGCGGUCCUAAGAUUGUCAAAGAUGUGAAACCUAAAGCCCAAUGCCAGGCAAGUGAAAAAAAACAGCUUUAUUUACUUGCUCAGAGCCAUAAGAUGAAAGAACUCAAGAAAGAAGGGUGCAAUAAAUUUAGAGACAGUUCAGAAAAAUGUGUGUUGGAGAAAUGCAAGAGAAAUGAAUUUUCUCAGGAUUAUAAUUCCAACAAGAUAAUUAAGGAACCACUUGAGCCUAGAAAAAAGAAGAUCAGCUUCAAAAUCCCCCCAAAAUCCCAUGAUACCCUCCAGAAGCUUGUCAAAGAAAAUGUCUUCAGUUUAGAGACUAAACAGGAGGAAGAACGCCUGGAAAGCGCCCAGGUUUCAUUGAGCUUGACUAGGCACAAAAUUGCAUAUUUAUUUUCAGAUUCUACACAUAAGACUGUUCAUGAGCAGAAAGAAAAGUACCAUCAUGAGCAUCAAGAAACUAAUGAUUCAAGUGCUAGUAAAAAUCUAACCCAGACUUGUGAAGCACCAUGUUCUUCGAUGUCACCUGAAAAUAUUCAAGAUACAGAUCAAGAGAUGCAGAUAGUAGAAGAGCUUCAUGCUGCACGUGUGGGAAAAAGUGUGGAUUUACCCGCGGUCCCACCUUCUGGAGAGUUGAUGAGUAUGGAAGUUGACUUGGUGGAAGCUGAUGUACUUUCUUCUGCUGCAAAUACUGCUUCAGACAAAAAGCUUCUAAUUGUUAUUGACACAAAUAUUCUGAUGAAUCAUCUCAAAUUUGUUAGAAUUUUAAAGACGACAGAAAUCCCAGGCUUUGACAGCCUUGUGUUGAUAAUUCCCUGGAUUGUUGUGCAAGAACUAGAUCGUAUGAAAGCUGGAAAACUACUAAAACAUGCUCAGCCUAAAGCUAUACCUGCAGUUCAUUUCAUUAAUGACAGUCUCAGAAAUCAAGAUAGAAAGCUAUGGGGUCAGUCGAUACAACUUGCAUCCCAAAAACUUUAUGGAUUGAGUGAUGAGAACAAUGAUGAUCGAGUAUUAAAAUGCUGCCUUCAAUACCAGGAAUUAUUCCCUUGUUCUCUUGUUAUUCUGUGCACGGACGAUAGAAAUUUAAGAAACAAAGGCCUAAUAAGUGGUGUGAAGUCACUCAGUAAAGAAGAAUUGAGUACAGAGUUAUUAAACUUAUCUCUGAACACAGAUGUGUGUCAUCAGCCUUGUAUUUCUAAGCAACAAUUGAAAGCAGAAGCAACAUCCUUGAAAGAGAGCUAUGAAGAAGAGUCUGCAAAUUCUGGACUAUCCAUUCUACUUGAAAACAUCAUGUCUGAGCUUGAAAAAUCUCUUGGAACAGCUUUAUCUUCCAUAUUAGAAACAGAAAUGAAAAUUGCUUUUGGAAACCUCUGGAUGGAGAUGCUGUACUUGAAACCACCAUGGACUUUAAUACAUUUAUUACAGUGUUUUAAAAAACAUUGGUUGGCUGUAUUUGGAUUAGUUAUGGAAAAAAACUUGGUUUUAACCAUCGAGAGCCUAUAUGAAAAUCUUUGUAAAGCUAGCAGUGCAGUGGAUUUUACAACAACAAAAUUCCUGCUUCAGGAUUCUAAAAGUUUGUUACAUGCUUUCAGUACAAGGUCAAAUUAUGAUGGUAUUCUUCCACAAGCCUUUGCUCAAGUAAACAAACUACUGCAAACAUUCACAGAGGUCAAGGCAAAACUUCAACCAAAUUCCUCAGAAAACACAGUGGGGAAAAAGCAGGAAGAUACUUCUUCAAUGAAGGCCGGUAAUGAAGAAAUCACCCUUUUCUCGGGUUCUGAGCUUUCCCAACCCAACAGGCAUCAAGAAAUCUGGUCUAUCCUAGAGAAUGUUUGGAUUACAAUAUAUCAGAACAGUAUGCUCCCUCCUGUCUUUGAGUUUGGUAAUUCACUGCGACAUCUCACGGGACUCAUGACCAUACUUACAGAUGUUUUUCAAAGAUUGGGCUCUAAUUCAGCUCUGACUACUUCAAAAAUAGCAUCAUUUGAAGAAGCAUUUAUAUAUCUUCAAAAGUUAAUGGUGGCUGUGAAGGAUAUUCUUGAAGGAAUUCAGAGGAUAUUGGCCCCCAACAGCAAUUAUCAAGAUGUUGAAACCCUCUAUAACUUCCUAAUCAAGUAUGAGGUAAAUAAAAGUAUCCAAUUUACUCCCCAGGAACUAUAUAACUGUGUUUCACAGACUGAGUAUCGGGAAAAGUUAACCAUUGGAUGCCGCCAACUGGUUGAGAUGGAAUAUACGAUGCAGCAGUGCAAUGCAUCUGUCUAUAUGGAGGCCAAAAACAGGGGAUGGUGUGAAGAUAUGCUUAACUAUAGGACCUAAGUGCUAGUCAUAACUUAAAAGGAAUUGAAUUUAUCCUCAAGAAUAGCAGAGUAGUCAAACAGAAGAGAAUUGCAAGAAAUGUCUCUUAGGUACAAAAAUGUGGUUGCCUCGUUGAGGUUUUAAAAACAAAAAAAGCCUGAUGCAUCCAUUGUGGGAUAAAUUGUGGACUCAGCUCUUCUGGAGUUGACAGUACCUCCCUACCUCUACUCCUGGCACUGAGCUAGUAUCCUCUAAGGAAAGGACAGCCAUCUUUUUCACUACCUUGGGACAGAGGCCACUGUGGCAUCCGAGGAAGACCCAGUGCACAGCGUUAGCGUCUCUCGCAACUCUAAAUGUGGACGUGUGACCAGAGAUACUCUCAAACCUCAAGAAAUUAGGACAUGACUAUACUUGCCACAUUCCACAACUGAAAUCUUACCCUGAGAUGUUUUUAUGGUCAAACUGUCUUCCAUGUAACCUGGUGAAAAUAACAUUCCCUCCACCUUAUACCCUCACCAAGGUAAUGAAAGUAGAACUUUGAUUUCAGCUCUAACUUGUUACAGCCUCUUCUUCUCUAGGCAUGUCACUUUUCGGGGCAUUUCUAAUGGGGAGGUACAGGUAGAUCCCUAUGCCAAGUUUCCCCUUAAAUGUGAAGCAUUGCGAAUUUGUGGGAUUAGGUGGCAGUGACCGAUGUUUGCCUCUGGCUAAAACCAAGUGUUUGAUUGACUUAUUUAGUUAUACAGUAAGUUAGAAGUCCUCGUUUAGUAUAUUAUGCUUUCAUUAGUGCAUUAGAUUAAAUCCAAAUUGGUAUUCUCUUAUAAAUGUUCACAUAUAUUUUUAAAAAAGCAAUAAAUAACUUACUUUUAGUAAGAUUUUGCUUUUCAUUUUACUUCCAAAUGGUGUUUCUGAAAUUAACAGGGAAUUAUUAUAAACGUGACCCUUUGCAAUAAACAAGAAUUUACUUAGGAUGCUGCAUUAGGGAAUCACGCCGCCACUUUCGUAUAUGGGGCUCAUGGUGUCUUCAGGGCUAUGAGCCUCUGGGGCAAAGGAGAAGCGUGAAGAAAGCCAUCUCUGCUCAAUGUCUUUUUCCUUGUCUUCUCUGAGGAGCACCUCCUACUACCACCAAAGGAACUGUUUUUGGACCCUCACCCCUUAGCUGCUUCUAUUUGUUGUUGGGUUUUGUUUCGCUUUGCUCUGUGCUCUGCUUUGUUUCCUCCCUCCCUUUUCCCCCCCUUACCUUUUUAAUACAGGUUAUGCUUUUUGUGUAAUUUCUUUUUGAUCCCGUCACCUGCAUACUUUCAUAUAUUUUUCCCUUAUGCAUGUGGGUUUUAAUUUGAACUUAGUCUAAUCUGUCUUUUCUUUGUGUAUUAUUUUUCUUUAAAAUAAGUGUUUUUUUUUAUUUUAUUGAGAUAGAAGGAUGUUGUAAUUGUCUAACCAUAUUUUUCAUUUUUACUUAAAAACAUGCUUUUAUUUUAAAAUUAUUGUUUUUAGCCUUUGUUUUUUUCAUUUGAAAUGCCAGGUGUGUUUUAUCUUUUCUCUCUCCUUUAUGCUCUUUGUUUUUUUUAAACUUUACGGUGUAUUUUACUUCCUCUUUUUCUUUAUUUUAAUCUGUUAAUUAACUUUUGCAGCCAUGUUUUCUGGUCUUAGACUUUUAAAAUUUUACACUUGUUUUCAUAAUAGUCCAAAGCAGGGUUGAGGAUUCCUUUUCCUCUCAUCCUUUCUUUUCUGGCUCUUUCCAGUGGACUGGAGUAACUCAGUUUGCCUAAGAAUCAUAAGCCCCACUUUGCAGAACAUUUGGUUUGAUGGAAGAAUUAUCAAAUACUUAGAUGAGGAACUUCAGAAUUUAAAAUCUCCAUUUCUUUAUAUAUAUAUAUAUAUAAACAUACGCUGCCAUUGUUUCGAUUCUGACUCACAGCGACCCUAUAGGGCAAAGUAGAACUGCCCCAUAGAGUUUCCAAGGAGCGCCUGGCGGAUUCGAACUGCUGCCCUUUUGGUUAGCAGCCAUAGCGCUUACCCACUAUGCGACCAGGGUUUCCUCUUUAUAUAUAGCUAUUGUAGUUCGGGCAAAAGCCAUCAUAAGCAUGUUAUGAACCAGAAGGGACUAAUGGAAAAAAAGUUACAGCAGAGGAGGUGACUCUGUACAUAAUGCCCUUGACCUUGCCCUAAUAAGGAACUGGCGAUCAGCCUCUUGAGAAGCAGCCAUUAGGAUCAUUCCUGCAAUGUUGCAUAGUUUGUCAUUUGACACCAUUUUACAUGAGCCUUUUCCAACUUCUACAAAACAUCGUCCAUUUUCCCCCCCAGAGGACCAGCGAGGAUCCUUUGAUUGGAGGGACCCAAUUUCACAGGGGAAUUGAUUUCAGCUUCACAUUUUGUCAUUGCCUGCCACACAAGUCCAGGGGACAGAGGGACAAAUCUGAAGAUGUAUUUCCUUAACCUUUUGAUCAUCUGAAGGGCAAAUCGAAGUAUUUUCAGAGUUAAUCCAGGCUUACAUUUAUGGUGUCUUGGUCAACAUUCAGAGCCUAGGUCAUAUUGUUCGUAUUUCCUGACUUUGGCAACUCUCCCAGCCUACCCAUCUGCAAUUAGAGCCCAUUUCAGCCCCUACCAUGAUGGGUAGGAAUGUUUUUCUCUUUCCUCUUGAGGGAAUAAGCCUUACUAUGGAAUAACCAAAUGUAUCGUCCACUUUCAGGAAGUCACCCAUAGUCCUUUUCUGAUUUAGGGAUAGGACUGACAGGCCAUUUUGCCAAUAAAACCCACUCCAGUGCACACAACUAAGCUCCAUGAAGGUAAGAAGUACACACAGCCUCUAGUGUCUGACUCAUGGUUGCAGCCAGGAAACAUUUUUGACAAAUUGACCUACAGGCUCACUUACUAAAACAUAGACAUGCUCUACUUUUGCCUACCAAGUUUGACUUGAUAGCUCAAAACUUGUGUGGGUUUUGUUGGGUGAAAAGCCAUUCAGUGAGGUCAAAAUGAUGUAUCUCUUUUACACCUUCCUGGAAUGUGGCUCACAACAAUGGACUCUUCUCUUCUUCAAAGGCUGAAGAAUUGGCUUUCCUGGGGGUUUUAGAACAUCCCAUUCUGUACAGUCAUAGAUUUUACUCUGAAUUAUCUUUGGCUGUUGGUAAAAACAAGGAUUGGUCAAUCUGAAGUGUUCUGGCUCACAUGACAGGAAUCUUUUCUAAAUUUUGAUCUAGUUUUGUUUAUAAACUGGGUGUGACUUGUCUCCAAUUUUUUAAAUUCGUCUGCCAGGACAUCUACUGUAUUUGAACUCAUACACUCAUGUUUGUGAUCUUUAAACCUAAAUUCUAUAAUACCCCAUGACAGAAUAAACAAGAUGAAAAUAAGCACUGUACAGUUCAGAAUACCCAUUAUAAGAAUGUUGGGAAGGAUGGGGUUAUAUACAAAGUAAUUUUAGGGGUGUCUCCCCAGAGUGGAAAGAUGGGUAAAAGUAGUCAGGUUUAAUUCUAUGUGCUGCCUUCCCAACUCUGUGGACUAAUGGUUAUGGGCUAAACUACAUUAGCUCAGUAUACAACCCUUGUGAGGCUAGUAGGAACAGAUGGUUCUCUUGGUAUUAAGUUCUAGGGAGGUCAAAUAUGCACCUGUCCUACCUUUCUCCUUUGCCUACUUCAAGUUAAGGAUGCUGAGGUCUGGAGAAAUUAAAGGCUGCAUACCUAGAGCGUUAAUUAUGCAAGGAUUCUAGCACUAUAUCAUACCCUCAAAUCUAGUUUUUUCCCCCCCAAAUGACUGUUAUGAGGAAAUUCUAAAACAUUCUGAACAAUGGUAAAGUAUGUAGGACAGAUUAGAAGCCAGAAAUCAGAACCCUAUAUUGAAAAUAAUAAGAAUAAAAUUUAUGCCUGAGUAUAACUAAUCACAUUGUUAAUUAAAAGUUACCUUAGGUAUUUUGCUAUUCUUUCAGGGAUCUAGUAUGUUUUAUGCCCUGUUACAACUCACUAAAGAAGUUGUAUUACUCCUGGUGGUAUGCCAACUACUCCAAAACCCAUACUGGUAAAGAAAUUAAAAAAAAAAAUUAUGUUGAGACCAUGACACAUUUUCCUCCUUUCCUGAAGAAAACGUGUACUUUUUAGACCGUUUUUCCAUUCUGGCAACUUAUGUUCCUGUAAAUUGGCUAUAAUGGCUUCUUAGGAAAUAAAUAGGCUUUUAGCCACCAAGUUACUUGUUUGGUAUCGCAGUAAACUUUGACCUGAAAUAUCCCCAUGUAUUAUUGGUAUUAAGCAUGUCACUUUUGAACUGAGAAGUGAUUUCAAAGAUUUCACUGCUGAAUCCCCAACUGAAACAUUUUUUGGGGGGGGGGGGGGUGCUAAAUAGGACACAUAACAGAUUCAUUUCAAAAACAGUCGUCAUAUUAGACGCACUGAAAUCUGCUAACUUAGUUUCAGUCCUGAAGCAAACCAGGUAUAGAUGGACAGUUAAGGAACUGAGCCAGUUUUCUUGGUGGUUCUUUGAAAUAAGGUGGUGAACUACCAGUGGGAAAAUACCUAUCCCCUUACCCAAGGUAGCCACUGAAAUCACCACCUCGUUCCAGUUGGCUUAUUACAUCCCUGUGUGCUUUGUUUUCUAUGGGGGGGGGGGAAUAUCUCACACCUACUGAUGCCAAGGUGAAUAUUUUCCAAAUACCUUAAGCUCAUCAUUACGGGAAUGAAAAAAAAAAAAAAAAAAGUUUCCCCAAAACUCUUAAAA